AUGAAGUGCAGUGGCAGGCACAAGCUGGACCAGAGAACCUUCAUGGAGCAGGUGCGCGAGUGCAGGGACAAGGGCUACCUGCUCUCUUCCAAGAAGAUUGGCUCCGGGGCCUUCUCCAAGGUCUACCUGGCCUACGCCACACACGAACGCAUGCAGCACAACCCCAAGCUGUCCUCUGACUUGCGAGGCAAGCACCACACCAUGGUGGCCAUCAAGAUCAUCUCCACGGCCGAGGCCCCCGUGGAAUUGUCCCGCAAGUUCCUGCCCCGUGAGAUCUCGUCACUCAAUGCUACCUACAAGCACCUGAAUGUGGUGCAGCUAUAUGAGACCUACCAGAACAGCCAGCGCUCCUACCUGGUGCUGGAGUUGGCAGCUCGAGGUGACCUGCUGGAGCACAUCAACAACAUGUCGGACCGCCGCUGCUGCCCGGGACUGGAGGAGGAGGAGGCCCGGAGGCUGUUCUGGCAGCUGGUCAGUGCCGUGGCCCACUGCCACGGUGCGGGCAUCGUGCAUCGGGACCUGAAGUGUGAGAACAUCCUGCUGGAUGACCGAGGCUUCCUAAAGCUGACCGAUUUUGGCUUCGCCAACCGCACAGGGCUCAAGGAUGCGCUGCUCAGCACCUUCUGCGGCUCUGUGGCCUACACGGCCCCAGAGAUCCUCAUGAGCAAGAAGUACAGCGGGCAGCAGGCCGACCUGUGGAGCCUAGGCGUCAUCCUCUACGCCAUGGUGACAGGGAAGCUGCCCUUCAAGGAGUGCCAGCCCCGCCGCAUGCUGCACCUGAUGCGCCGUGGUCCCACCUUCCGACUGGGCCUGUCCCCAGAGUGCCAGGACCUGAUCCGGGGGCUGCUCCAGCUGCGCCCGCGCACGCGCCUGGGCCUGCAGCAGGUGGCCGUGCGCUGCUGGAUGCUGCCUGCAGCACACGUGCUCUUCCACACUGUGCUCAGUGCCACACCAGGUGGGGUGCGCCCCGUGGAGCCCUGGGAGAAGUGGGCAGACUCCCAACUCCCAGCAUCUCCAGAUCAUGCAGAACCCAGUGUGGACUUGGAGUCCCCAAGGCCGAUCCUGCAGCUACAGUGCCCCCAGCGGCAGGGCACCACCAAGGGGAGCACCUUGGACACAGAGCUCAAGCCCCCAGAGGCCCACCACAAAAGGGAAGCGGGCUCUGUGGGGUCAGGGCUCUACACAGCAGCCGCCAGCACGGGAGCGCAUGCCUGCAGGCAGCUGCUGUCACUGUGUUGUGCAUCUGCCAUCAGGAAUAUGCCUGGGCAUUACCUGAUCAACCAAAAACAAGUGGGCAGGAAGGGCCAAGUCAAAUAA